AUGAAGGAAGUGCCUAUAUUGUUGGUUGCCAACAAAAUUGAUUUGCGCAAUGCUCCAGGUGCUCAUGAAAAUGUUUCUAGUUUUGUUUCAAAAAAGGAAGGAGAAAAUUUGGCCGAGUUAUUGUCUACCGAUUUUAUUGAAACUAGUGCUUUAGAUGGAACUAAUGUCGAGACUGCUUUAUUACUUCUUGUUGGUGCAAUGAUGAAAUCGGAAGAUGACCAUUUAAAACAAACUGCGUUAAUAUUACAAAGUUCUGACAAAAAGAAAUGGCGGUGUAUGAGCUGUGGAAAUUGAAAAAAAAUUUUUU